GAGUAUGCGGACAAGUCUGGCAAGUUCGACAAGGCGGCGGAGCAAGACGGAGUGAAGGUGUUGAUCAACAGUAAGGCACCGUUGUCGAUCAUUGGCAGCGAGAUGGACUGGCUUGAGGUACGCUUUUCCCGCAGUGCCAAAUCCGUGUUCAGAAACCCUAGCAUCAAGGACACUUGCGGUUAUGGAGAGUCGUUCACCGUCAGCUAG